AUGAUCGAGGAUGCCACCUUGAGUCCCCAAGUCGAACCGGUCAGAUGCUGGCCCGAAGUUAGACGUCCUCUCGUUGGUGUUCUGACUUUACCUUGUGGGGAUCGUUGCAUCUCUGGUGGCGGUGGCUACAUCGCUGCGAGCUACGUCAAGUGGCUGGAAGCCGCAGGAGCUCAGGUUGUGCCUAUCCCUCAUUACGAGACGCGCGAGCAUAUCAUGAGGUUGCUCAAGAUGGUUUCCGGUGAGCCUCGGUUGUUGGAUCCUCAGCUGGAUUACUACUCUUGA